CCUAAGUAUUUCACCAUCAGAAAAUCGAACAUUCCGUUGGAAAACACUAGAUUCUAUUCUUGACCAUCAGAUUCCAUCGCACUCCGGUGGAAGAAUAACCAUAUGUGGAAAACAUAUUAUCAGUCAAUUGACUACCGGUGUAUUUAGUCCUUAGCACUUGAACUGUUAUAUUUCUAAUUUUAGCGAUCAGUUUUCUGGUGGAAAGUUAAGUUUAUUCUAACCGUGUGUAUUGGAAAACUGUCAAGUAAUUUAGGGCUAUAAGAUCGAGCAUAGCUAAGGUUUCCUACCAGAAAUGAUUUGUAUUUUGAGAUCGCAAUGAGUCUGUAGUCUUUUUUCUAUACAUAAUUGAAACUAGAUUUUUCAAAGGUGUUACAAAUCGCUAAUGUAUGGCUCGCACCCCAGUUUUGAGAGGUCAUUUUCUAUACUUAGAAAUCAGUCAGUCACGGAAAACACGAUUCCGCGUUUAACAGGAAGUUAUACCGAGCAUAUUUGUAUCUUUCGAGCCCUAAAUGUGUCACCAUCACAAUACUGCUAGAUGAUGACGAAGUUAAAGGAAAAUUUUCAGUUUCGCUUUCAUCUCAAAGCUUAAAGGCAAGUUUAACUCGCACGCACCGUAUUCUUAAUCACUAUUGAUCUCAAUACUUCUAAUACAAAUUGCCUGUGAAAGAAUGCGGUGGCGCACCAAGGCGCAGUCUUACGGCACCGCUGAUGUAUUAUUUGGUAUGGCGUUCAUCAGUGCACUUCUACAUGAAUCCAUCCGUACUAAUGGAACUGAAACAAAGGAGUUUUGUUAUGAUACUCCUUUCAACGUAACCUGCGAGAUUCUUAAAGGGGCAUAUGGAACAGUUGACUUUGUCCAAUGGAAAGCAUAUGACCAGAGAAGGAAUCAUUGGGAUUUGUUCGGAUACUGUAACAGGGAAAUGAGGUGUGAAAUUAAGAGAGCACUGUUAUCUAAUGGAAUCCAAGUUUUACAAGUCGUGAAAGCCACCAUAACUCUACAAGUAUCAUCAAAGACCAGUACAGACAAUCAGAGCCGAUUACGCUGUAGAGUUGAUUUCGAGGGUCACACGCCCCUACCCCACGAAGUGACAAUCAACUUUGUUUAUUGCAUCACUGCUCACAAAACAGAUGGUGAAGUGAACCUGUCUAAGUUCUUAGAAAGCGUAAUACCUUGGAAAGAAGUUGACGACGUUCGCCUCUUCGACAUUGAAGGAAUCGAGUUUGCCUAUUGUAAAAGCAAAGUUUGCGCAAGAAACAAGAGCGGUCCGCUUUCUGUUCUCUGGAACAGAACGACAGUCCAAAGUGGGUCACUGUUCCUGACUGGAAUUGAGGAAAGUGAUAGCGGUCUUAGGAUGAAGGCGAAGACAGUCUCGGCUACGUCAACGCGUCUUUACACCAUAAAGGUCCUCGUGAACAGUUCUCAAGGCCGAAAUAGUCUUACACCCACUGCCUUGCCCAUCACAGGAACAGCCAAUUCCAGCCCGGGUUCCUCCUCUUCCGGACCUACGGGAUCUCCAACCAAGAGCACUGUAGGAUCUCCAUCCAAGAGCGCCGCAGCAUCUACAACUCAAUGCAUUGUUCUUGACGUUUGCUUCAAGAAGCCUGAAACUUUAACCUGUGGAACUUUACUGAAGCCAAAUGGAGUUCAUGAGGUCGAAUGGAAGGUUUAUAAUGCGGAAGAAAAGCAAUGGAGUUGUUUCUCGUACUGUGGAAAACGGCAAGGGUGUUUGAUCAAGGAAAAAUUGUUGUCAAACGGCAUCACUGUGGAGAACGUCUCAAUGGUGGCAGUGACAGUGAAAGCUUCGGCAAAGGACAACACAAACAAACACAGCCGAUUGCUGUGUGAAGUCCACUAUAAAGAUUUUGUGGCUUUUAAAGAAGUGAAGAUCAACUUUAUUGAGUGUAUCACGGCUGAGAAAGGGACAGAUUUGAACCUUACGAAAGUGUUCCAAGAUAUGUUACCAUGGGAAAAUGUCAAAAGCAUUUUCAUUGAAAAUUCUCACGGCAGCAAGCUUGCCUACUGUAACACUGGCGAUUGCAUUAAAGAGAAUGGCGGCGAUUUCUUGAACCGAUUACAAGUAAAGCGAGGGGCGCUAAUUCUCUCGGAAGUCAUGGAGAGUGACGAUGGAUUAAAGUUUAAUAUCAAGGUUGACUUGAGAACUGGGAAUGUCAGAAGAAGCAUGGGAACGACACGAGUGUACUCCAUUAAGAUCUUUGUGUACAGUAAAUCAGGGUCUACAGGUGUACCGCCAUCGACACUGCCCUCAACUACAGGAUCAAACAGGACAAACCACUCCCCUGUUAAACACGUUGCGUCUCCAACAAGGAGCAGUGCCUCAACGACAGAUGGAAAUCUGUUGAUAAUGAUCCUGAUUCCUGCCUUUCUUGUUUUGAUAGCGGUUAUUUGUUUAUUUGUUUAUUUGGUUAUUUGUCGAAAGAGGUCAACGGAAACAGCAUCUGCGCAGGUUUAGCAUGGUAGUGGCUAUUUUGUGCUUCAUGCGUCGAAGGAGACCAGCGGAAAUAGCAUCUGCGCA